CGGGGUGAACGGCGGAGCGGCCGGAGGCGGAGACUACCGUGGCCCGCGCGCGGCUCGCGCCCUCCCCUUUGUGUCGCCAUGGCGGCGGCUUCGGCGACGAGGACGACGAUGGAGGGGUCUAGCGCGGCCAGCGCCUGAGGAGGCCUCGCGACCAUGGUGGCCCGUAGCACUGACAGCCUGGAUGGCCCAGGAGAGGGCUCAGUGCAGCCCCUGCCCCCCACUGGGGGUCCCAGUGUGAAGGAGAAGCCUGGGAAGAGGCUCUCGGCUCCUCGAGGUCCCUUUCCCCGGCUGGCUGACUGUGCCCAUUUCCAUUAUGAGAAUGUUGACUUUGGCCACAUUCAGCUCUUGCUUUCUCCAGAGCGUGAAGGCUCUAGCUUCUCUGGGGAGAAUGAGCUGGUGUUUGGGGUGCAGGUGACCUGUCAGGGCCGUUCUUGGCCAGUUCUUCGCAGUUACGAUGACUUCCGUUCCCUGGAUACCCACCUCCACCGGUGCAUAUUUGACCGGAGAUUUUCCUGCCUCCCAGAGCUUCCCCCACCUCCAGAGGGCGCCAAGGCUGCCCAGAUGUUGAUGCCGCUGCUGCUGCAGUACCUGGAGACCCUGUCAGGACUGGUGGACAGUAACCUCAACUGUGGGCCCGUACUCACCUGGAUGGAGUUGGACAACCAUGGCAGGCGACUGCUCCUCAGUGAGGAGGCCUCCCUCAAUAUCCCUGCAGUGGCUGCUGCCCAUGUGGUGAAACGGUACACAGCUCAGGCACCAGACGAGCUGUCCUUCGAGGUGGGAGACAUUGUCUCUGUGAUUGACAUGCCGCCCACAGAGGAUCGGAGCUGGUGGCGAGGCAAGCGAGGCUUCCAGGUCGGUUUCUUCCCCAGUGAGUGUGUGGAGCUAUUCACAGAGCGGCCCUGUCCGGGACUUAAGGGGGUUCACCCCACAGAUGCCGAUGGUCUCCUGUGUGGUGUUCCGGCUCCCCAGGGUGUCUCCUCUUUGACCUCAGCUGUGCCCCGGUCACGUGGGAAGCUGGCUGGCCUCCUUCGUACCUUCAUGCGCUCCCGCCCUUCUCGGCAGCGGCUGCGACAACGGGGUAUCCUGCGGCAGAGGGUGUUUGGCUGCGACCUUGGAGAGCACCUCAGUAACUCAGGCCAGGACGUGCCCCAGGUGCUUCGCUGUUGCUCUGAGUUUAUUGAGGCCCAUGGGGUAGUGGAUGGAAUCUACCGACUCUCAGGCGUGUCAUCCAAUAUCCAGAGGCUCCGGCAUGAGUUUGACAGUGAGAGGAUCCCUGAACUGUCUGGCCCCACCUUCCUACAGGACAUUCACAGUGUGUCUUCUCUCUGCAAGCUCUACUUCCGAGAGCUGCCCAACCCCCUGCUCACUUAUCAGCUCUACGGGAAGUUCAGUGAGGCCAUGUCAGUGCCUGGGGAGGAUGAACGCCUGGUGCGUGUCCAUGACGUCAUCCAACAGCUGCCCCCGCCACACUAUAGGACCCUGGAGUACCUGCUGAGGCACUUGGCCCGCAUGGCAAGACACAGUGCCAAAACCAGCAUGCAUGCCCGCAAUCUGGCCAUUGUCUGGGCACCCAACCUGCUACGGUCCAUGGAGCUGGAGUCAGUGGGGCUGGGUGGGGCAGCAGCCUUCCGUGAGGUGCGGGUGCAGUCAGUGGUGGUGGAAUUCCUACUCACCCAUGUGGAUGUCCUGUUCAGUGACACCUUCACCUCUGCUGGCCUCGACCCUGCAGGCCGCUGCCUCCUUCCCAGGCCCAAGUCCCUUGUGGGCAGUGGCCCCUCCACUCGCCUGUUGACACUGGAGGAAGCCCAGGCUCGCACCCAGGGCCGACUGGGGACACCCAAUGAAUCCAUAGCUCCCAAGGCUUCAGACUCUCCUGUGGAAAGACUGCCUCCUGUGUCUCACCCAAAUCCCAGGAGGAAGGGGGAGAGAGGCCAGAAACAGCGGAAGCCAGGCGGUAGCAGCUGGAAGACUUUCUUUGCACUGGGCCGCGGCCCCAGCAUUCCUCGGAAGAAGCCUCUUCCCUGGCUGGGGGGGAUGCGCGCCCCACCACAACCCUCAGGCAGCCGACCUGACACAGUCACACUGAGAUCUGCCAAGAGUGAGGAGUCUCUGUCAUCUCAGGCCAGCGGGGCUGGCCUCCAGAGGCUGAGCAGGCUACGGCGACCCCACUCGAGCAGUGAUGCUUUUCCUGUGGGCCCAGCACCCGCGGGCUCCUGUGAGAGCUUGUCUUCCUCCUCCUCUGCGUCCUCCUCCUCCUCUGCGUCCUCAGCAGCUGGGCUCGGGGCACUUUCCGGCUCCCCUUCUCACCGAACUUCAGCCUGGCUAGAUGAUGGUGAUGAUCUGGACUUCAGCCCACCUCACUGCCUGGAGGGGCUCCGGGGGCUCGACUUUGAUCCCCUUACCUUUCGCUGCAGUAGCCCUACCCCAGGGGACCCUGCACCUCCUGCCAGCCCGGCCCCCCCAGCCCCUGCUUCUGCCUUCCAACCCAGGGCAACUCCCCAGGUCCUUUUGCCCCAUGGGCCCACCAGCUCUGCUUCACCCACUGCCCUGGACAUCUCAGAGCCCCUAGCUGUAUCAGUGCCACCUGCUGUUUUGGAGCUGCUAGGGGCUGGGGGAACACCUGCCUCACUCACCCCAACACCAGCACUCAGCCCCAGCCUAGGCUUGUGCCCCCAUGCCAUCCCCCUGCUACCACACGGAGCUGAAACCCAGCUGAGUGACACCUGUCCACAGGAGAUCUGCAGCACCCUAGCACUACCCGGUCCUGGGGAAGCCCAACGACAGCAUGGGCCUGUCAUGGAUUCACCACUGCUGCCCCCACCCCUAUCCCUCCUGCGCCCCGGGGGGGCCCCACCUCCGCCCCCCAAGAACCCAGCACGUCUCAUGGCCCUGGCCCUGGCUGAGCAGGCUCAGCAGGUGGCCCAGAGACAGAGCCAACAGGAGCAUGGGAGUACCCCAUCUGCUUCUCGCUCCCCUUUCUACUGCUCACUGUCCCUGGAGGUGGGCGGUGAGCCCCUUGGGACCUCAGGGAGUGGGCCACCCGCCCCCUCCCUACCCCACCCUGAUGCCUGGGCUCCAGGACCCCCACCCUCCCUACCACGACAACGAAGUGUUGGGAGCCUGGUGAGGAGCCAGCGGCCCAUGGGGAUCUCAAGGAGGGGACACAGAAGCUCUGCCCAGGUUCUUUCUUCUGUGAGAACCCCUGGCUGCUUCUCCUCAGCUCCCCAGGAGUGCCUGCCACCUUUUCUUGGGGUCCCAAAACCAGGCUUGUAUCCCCUGACCUCCUCCUUCCAGCCCAGUUCCCCAACCCCAGUCUGGAGGAGCCCUUUGGGUCCCCCUACACCACUUGACAGGGGCGAGAACCUGUACUAUGAGAUUGAGGCGGGUGAGGGGUCCCCCUACUCUGGCACCACCCAGUCCUGGAGUCCCUUUCGCUCCAUGCCACCAGAUAGACUUAAUGCCUCAUAUGGCAUGCUUGACCAAUCACCACCAUUUCAUAGGUCCCCUGACUUCCUACUCAGCUACCCCCCACCCCCCUCCUGCUUUCCCCAUAACCACCUGGGCUAUUCAGCCCGGUGCCCCACUCGGCCUGAGCCCCUCUAUGUCAACCUAGCCCUAGGGCCCAGGGGUCCCUCAUCCACCUCUUCCAGCUCCUCUUCCCCUCCUGCUCCUCAUCCCCAUAGCCAUUCAGAUUCAGGCUCCACAGCCCCCCACCUUCCUCAGAAAGAGAGGGCUCCCUGGGAACCCCACACCCCUCACAGGGUGCCUGGGGCCUGGGGCUCUCCUGAGCCUCUCCUAUACUACAGGGCAGCUCCACCAGCCUAUGGGGGGCAGGGCAAGCACCACCGAGGGUCCUUGUACAGGAAUGGAGGUCAAGGAAGGGAGGGGGCUGGUCCCCCACCCCCUUACCCCACUCCCAGCUGGUCCCUUCACUCUGAGGGCCAGACCCGAAGUUACUGCUGAAUCAGAGCAGAGACCUUCCUCCCUUUCCUUCUCACUGAUCUUGGCCCAACCCAAUUCCUUGUUUUGUAUUUUCUUGAGCUCCUGACCCCUAUUCCAGGUUUCUAACUUUGUAACUUGCUUCUGAUGUGGAUCCCUAACUUGUAUGGCUUCCCUACCCUGGACUAAAGGCACACUAACCCCCACCAACCUCUAUCAUGGGGCUCUCACACAAAUCUGAGGGCUAGGCUGACACACUGUCCUUCCUCUGCCUCCAGGAGCCCCAGCAUGUCUUGACCUUCGCACAGGGGUUGGGGGACAGCUCCUGCCCGUCACCCACAUGCCCCACUAAACGAUCUGACAAAAUUAAUGAAUAAAAAUGGUGAAAAUGUG